AUGAAUUGGUAUUUUUGGAUCUUUUUGCUUUCUGUUCCAGCCACUUUUGUGGUGGAGACAGCGCUGCUUUAUCCCACAAAUUCGGAAUAUGGUAUUUUUAUGGCCAUAUCCGUGCCCGUUAGCCUGCCACAUCGUAAUGUUUUUCUUUCCUAUAAUUACGAGUUUAAUUACUAUCAGCCGGAGCACGUGUACAAAUUUCCACCAAUUUUGAUGGGAAAUGACUUUGCUGAUGGCUAUCUAACGUAUCCCACCUUUGAUAAUGCCAAUGGCAGACAGUGUGACAACUGUACAGUGAGCACUAAUAGUACAGCAACGACGACGGAGACAAAAAAGACAAAGACGUUGGAAACGGGACGUCAAAAGCGAGAACUAUCGCUGAUGACAAGAAAAACAUUCUAUGCCAUGCUAAGGGAUAAGCUAGAGAGAUCUGGUUACCCUCCUGAGGCUUGUCUGUUGCGAUUGAUUUGCGAAACAAAUGAUUCAACGCUGGGAGAGAUCAAUGGUCUGCUUGGCAACAUUGUGCACAUUAUAUUCACGCCGAGCAGCUCCAGGGAUGAGCAGCUGCCCUCUGUCUACUACCAAGCCGAGUCGGAUGGACUGCAGCAACAAUGUGCGGCAUACAACAACGAUUGUCCACAUAAUGUCUUGGACUUGAUUUCAGCGCCUGUCGAACAGAUUCUAAAAGACAUUGCAAAUAGAUCUCGUAGAAAAUAAACUAGAAAAGCUGCUUC